AUUGAACUCCUUAGCUGAAUCCCCCUUCAAGAGACCAUUCCCCAAAGAAAUGACAGGUUUCACAGCUUCCUGACUGCCAUCACUGUUCUCUAUCCACCUUAAUAUUAUGGCUGAGAUGAGGACAUUUGACUCGUCUUCUUCCUGAAAUUAUCUAUUUGUGGCACCACCUGGAUAAACAGUUAUGAUGCUGCAGAAUAUUCAGAUCAGAGAUGGAGAAUAUACCAAGACGAUAUAUUCAUUGAUCAAGGAGCAGCGGUACAGUGAAGCCAUACAAAUACUGAAUCACAUUAUUGAGUCUUACCCAAGUAUGAGCUCCCGAGCUGCCUUGUCUCUCCUAGCAUACUGUUACUUCCACAUGCAAGACUAUGCCAACUCUGCCAACUGUUAUGAACAUCUCACCAUCAUAUUCCCUGAAAUUGAGGACUACCGCUUAUACUAUGCACAAGCCUUGUACCAGACUUGCCUGUACGAGGAGGCCAUGAAAGUGACGCACCAGAUUGAGUCACCAGAGUAUGCCGGCCGCAUCACAAAGCUUCAGGCAGCCAUCAAGUACGGAGAAGAGGACCUCCCAGGUGCCAAGAGCCUGGUGGAUCAGUGUCCCUCAGAUGACCCAGAAACAGAGGUCAACCAUGGAUGUCUACUCUUUAAGGAAGGACGGUACGAGGAGGCCUGUCAGAAGUUCUCCAGUGCUUUACAAGUGGCUGGCUACAAACCUCAUCUCUCAUACAACAUUGCACUCUGUCACUAUCGUCUCAAGCAGUACGCUCCUGCCCUGAAGCACAUUGCGGACAUUAUCGAGCGUGGUAUUCGAGAACACCCAGAGCUUAGUGUAGGCAUGACCACUGAGGGUAUUGAGGUACGGAGCGUCGGCAACACACUCACGCUGCACGAGACGGCGCUGAUUGAAGCAUUCAACCUGAAGGCUGCCAUAGAGUACCAACUGAAAAACUAUGAGGCGGCUCGUGAAGCACUGACCGACAUGCCUCCUCGGUCAGAAGAAGAGCUUGAUGCUGUUACACUCCACAACCAAGCGUUGAUGAACAUGGAAACAAAACCGACUGAAGGAUUUGAGAAGCUACAGUUCCUCUUAGGUCAGAAUCCAUUCCCGCCAGAGACCUUUGGUAAUCUCCUUCUGCUGUAUUGUAAGUAUGAAUAUUACCACCUGGCCGCUGAUGUCCUCGCUGAAAACGCUCACCUCACGUAUAAAUAUUUAACACCACAUCUUUUUGACUUCCUGGAUGCCUUGAUCACCCAACAAACCGCAGCGUCAGAAGCAUACCGUAAAUUUGACGAGUUGGGGUCACGUCAUAUCGAGUUGCUGCGGAAACUGACGAAGGUGGUGCAGGAGGCCAGACAGAAUCACGAUGAUGAUCAAGUCAAGACCGCCGUCAAUGAAUACGAAGAAGUGUUAGAAAGGUAUAUUCCGGUGUUGAUGGCUCAGGCUAAGAUAUACUGGGAUCUGGAGAAUUAUUCCCAAGUGGAGAAGAUCUUUCGGAAGUCGGUCGAAUUUUGUAAUGAAUCUGACGUGUGGAAGCUGAAUGUGGCCCACGUUCUGUUCAUGCAGGAGAAUAAGUUUAAAGAGGCAACCGGGUUUUAUGAGCCCAUCGUGAAGAAGAACUAUGAUAAUAUCCUCAACGUGAGUGCCAUUGUUCUAGCCAACCUGUGUGUGUCCUACAUCAUGACCAGCCAGAAUGAGGAAGCUGAAGAACUGAUGAGAAAGAUUGAAAAGGAAGAAGAACAACUAGCCUAUGAAGAUCCUGAGAAGAAGAUUUAUCACUUGUGUAUUGUCAAUCUUGUUAUUGGGACCCUCUACUGUGCCAAAGGUAAUUACGAGUUUGGUAUCUCCCGCGUGAUCAAGAGUCUAGAACCAUAUAAUAAGAAGCUGGGAACUGACACCUGGUAUUAUGCCAAGAGAUGUUUCCUCUCCCUCAUCGAGAACUUGGCCAAGCACAUGAUAACUGUUAAGGAUUCGGUGAUUCAAGAGUGCAUACAAUUUCUGGAGCACUGUGAAGUAUAUGGGAGGAAUGUAAAGGGGGUGAUUGAACACCCACUGGAGGAAAUGGCCAUCCAUCCUGGGAAGAACACAGUCACUUUUGAGUCUAGACUACUGAAGGCUCUGCUUCUACAAAUUCAACAGAUGUAAAAUAAGGGAAAACCUAAAGACCUUCCUCCAUCUUAACCACACCAAAACAACCUGAAGAAGGAGGUAGCUAAUCUUCAGGUGAUCCAUACAAGAUAAAAAUCAUAAUUGGUCUUAUAUUUUGACCAUACAACAAACACUCAGUAGUGGCCUUUAGAGUACCAUGAAGAACCAAGUGUCAGAGGGUGGUGCCAGGUAACCAUGUACGGUACUGUAACAUGAACCUAUUGUAUACCCUAUGUAUAUCUUGCAUAUUUUCUGGUACUUAGUGUUAGAUGAACAAUCCACCUAUAUUUAUAUCUCAGUAUUUAUGCACAAGUAUCAAAAUAAAUGUCAAUGGAUGAAUUAUAAAGAGAAUAAAGCUUGAAUAUAACAACAAUAUUAUAUAUGGUAAAGCGAUCUCUUCCUUGUGUUCAUAUAUGAUUCUGUUUCCUUUAAUCUUCAUGUGCAGUAUAUUUUAGUAUUGAUUAAAAUGGCUCCUUUUCUAUAUUAAACUAUUUAAUUCUUAAUUCACAUAAAAAAUUGUGUCAAGAUCUCAGCAUUACUGUACUCGGUAUGCCAAGUAAUGUACAGUAUAUUUUGAUUCUUCAGAAUAAACUAUAAUUUGUUGUAAAUUCAAGGAAACAGACUAGGAAGAAAUAAUCCAAUGCUGAAUGGUUCAACAUUGAUCACUAAUCUAUUUAUGGGUUAUAUUAGGAGUUUAAAGUUGACAAUUUUUUAAUCUGCAAUGUGUGUGAAGUAUUUAUUGUACAGUACGUAUAUACUGGGGCAAGUUUGAUCCCCUAAUACGACCCGUAACUCUGUGACAAAAGUGUCUUAAUUGCCUUUUAAUUAAAUGUUUGCAGUGUAUGACUAAUGUAUAUUUUGAUGUUAAUCUAAAAAAGUUUCUUAUUUCAUAUAGUUUUUACACCAUAACACUGUACCUGUGAUAAAUACAACCAUUAAAUUUA